AAGCUCGCAUCCAAUCACUAAGUCCUUCCCAGAUACAAUGUAUCAGCCCCUGGUGUGGCCUGCGGUAGCUGUGUGUGAUAUAGUUAUGGACUUUGCUCACACAACACACAGAUGUUUAAAGUCUGAUCUCUGACAAUGGUCUGGUGGAAAGCGAGCUCUGUGGGACAUGACAUUAACCCUGACCUGGCCAGCGAGAGAGCCUCCCCCUCCUUCAGUGUGGAAACCCUCAUCAACAUUGUAGAUGGAGGUGUGGAAGUAACUCGCCUCAGGAGAUCAGUUGUGAGUGAAAUUAACAAGGAUCCCGUCUUCAGCCGAGAAUACCUAUACUUCAAGACCCCAUCAGAGCGAUAUGAAAGCGCAGUCCGCAACACUUUCCAUUUGAAGAACAAAAUCAAGUCACUUGGAUGGGAUGAAGAUGGACCAGAGAUUGAAUAUGUUUACAGGGCUCUAGGUGGAGAGGUUGGCCUCAACAUCCACAAAGUCUUCAUAAAGACCCUCAGCACUCUGGGGACAGAUGAGCAAAUUGCCAAGUGGCUCCCCCUUGCAAGUAAUUAUCAAAUUAUAGGAACCUACGCUCAAACCGAACUUGGACAUGGAACAUAUCUUCGUGGUUUGGAAACUACCGCAACCUUUGACCCUACCACCCAGGAGUUUAUAAUAGACACUCCACAGAUAACUGCAACAAAAUGGUGGCCAGGAGACUUGGGGAAGACCUGCACCCAUGCUGUGGUCCUGGCCCAACUACAUACCAAAGGAAAGGCACAUGGCAUGCAUCCAUUCAUAGUCCAGGUCCGAAGUCUCAGGGACCACACACCUCUCCCAGGAAUAACUGUCGGGGACAUUGGACCCAAGAUGGCUUUUGAGCACAUUGACAAUGGAUACCUCAUGAUGAGAAGUAUUCGUAUCCCUAAGGAAAACAUGCUAAGCAGAUACUGUGAGGUUCUUCCUGAUGGCUCCUACAUUAAGCGUGGAUCUGAUAAGAUAAACUACUUCACCAUGAUUCAUGUGCGGGUGUCCCUACUCCGCGGUGAGGUGCUGGAAUCUCUGAUGAAGGCGUGCACCAUCUCUAUCCGAUACUCUGCCGUGAGACGCCAGUCAGAGUUAAAACCAGGGGACAGAGAACCGAAAAUCCUUGAUUAUCAAACACAGCAGCAAAAGUUGUUUCCCCUCCUGGCUUCUUGUUAUGCCAUUGUUUUUACAGUUAAACACGUGGCUAAUGUUUACAAUGAUGUCUACAAAGAAAUUAGAAUGGACAAUUUCAAUUCUCUUCCUCAGCUGCAUGCUCUUACUGCUGGGAUGAAAGCUUUUGCCACAGAGGUCUGCUCAGGUGGGGUGGAGGUGUGUCGCAGGGCUUGUGGGGGCCACGGCUACUCACUCUACAGCGGCUUACCGACACUGUACACUAAGGUUAUCGCUUCAUGUACUUAUGAAGGGGAGAACACUGUCCUGUAUCUACAGACUGCAAGGUUUUUGGUUAAGUGUUUUGCUGGGGCCCAGUCAGGAAAACCAGUUCCGCCCGACGUAUCCUAUCUGUCUUCACCACUCUCUAGUGGGUGCCAAGCUACAACACACUCAGAUUUCCGGAAUCCAGAGGUGUAUUUAAAGGCCUUUGAGCACAGGGUCUAUAGGCUUGUUGCAUCUGCAGCAACAAAAAUUGAGAGCCUGGUUCUGUCAGGAGUGGAACCGUACAUGGCAUGGAACAACAACUCCGUGGAGCUUGUAAAGGCCUCCAUGGCUCAUAUACACUACUUAACGGUGAAGGUGUUCAUCUCUUCACUCAAUUCACUGUCAAACCAGCCUGAAAUCAAGACUGUUCUGAAGCGGCUCUGUGACUUGUAUGCAUUGCAUGGGAUAUUUACAAGUGCCGGUGAUUUCCUGCAACAUGGUUACUUGUCAGGGAAACAGCUGGACAUGGUCACUACGGCCUACUUGGGCCUCUUAGCCGAGAUCCGGAAAGAUGCAGUUCUACUAGUGGAUGCCUUUGAUUACACAGAUUAUGAGUUAUUAUCGGCCCUUGGGAGCUAUGACGGGAAUGUGUAUCAUAAUCUGCUUGAGUGGGCUCGGAAGAACCCGGAGAGCAAGAAGGUGAGCCCCGUGUAUGAGAAUUACCUGAAGCCAUAUUUGCAGAGCAAUCAAUCAAAAUUAUGAAGAGAGAUCCCAUUGAAGAUCAGGAUUCCUGAAGUUAAUGGGGUUUUAAAUAGGUCUUAUGUUUUAUCUGUAUAUACAGCAUGUUUUAUCUGUAUAUACAGUAUAUCUUUCCCUGUCUGGCUCCUGCUGUCCUCUAUUGUGGUGUCUAAUCCACAGGUAAUAUCAUUUGCUUCAGAAUUGUACAGAUAAAGUAAUAUCCUACAUACCUAGAUUUUUCUAAUGUUGGUGCCCCCAACAUUCAUGAAUGGCACAUUUACAACCUGAUCACACUAAAUGUAAAGCAAUCAUUUGCUCAAUGACCAGAACAGUUUGCCCACGGGAAACUGAGACUGUUCCAUGAGAAUUGGGACACUACGGGAUUAUGCAUCUAAUGACCAAUGUUGAUUGAUCUUCAAAGUUAAAUAUUUUAAACAAUAAAGAUUAAUGUCGUCUUCA